UAGUGACCUCGUGCAUGUUCUUGACGUCGCAGAUUUAACCGCAAGUUUUACGUAGUUUUUCGGGAGCAUUCGAUUACAUUAGACGGAAAGUAAAUCUCAGGAGCUAUAUUUCGAUAGGAAGGAGUGAAAAUGCCGCGACGAGGACGAUCUGGUGGAUUUGGAGCGAGGCCAUCCGCCUCCCCUUCCCCCAUGAGACCAGCUCCAUCCCGGCCUGUGUCCACCAUGCCAGCUCACCCACCACCUGCUGCCCCCGCCACACAAAUGGCACAGCCCAAACAACCUGGCCUUUUUGCACAGAUGGCAAGCACUGCAGCUGGCGUAGCUGUAGGAUCUGCUGUGGGCCACACAAUUGGUCAUGCCAUGACAGGGGGUGGAGGCAGUCAGACGGAGGUAGCACCCCAGGAGCAGGCCCCAGCAGCUUACUCCCAGCAGCCCGGCCAGCAGCAGGAGCAGCAAUCCGCUUGUCAGUAUGAACUUAAACAGUUCUUGGACUGUGCCCAGGGACAGGCGGAUAUCGGUCUGUGUCAGGGAUUUAACGAGGCGUUGCGACAGUGUAAGGCGCGCUAUGGUAAGUGUGAAACUCUCUCAGGAAGUCAGGCAGUGUCCUAGCAAACCCAGGGGCCGGGUGUUCAGAAGUGUAUUGAAGUCAUGAUUAAGUGUUUAUACAUCUUUGGAAAGUAAAUCCUUAAGAUUCAACCACAUCCACUUUUAUCAGUAGAGCGAAUGACAGUGCUCAUAUAGCUGUUGGUUUGGUCUUACAUGAAGUUUAUCAGAGGUCAUUAACCUCUGACCUUAACUUUUGCUCUGAAGAUGAAAGU